UUUUUUCCAGCAUGUGCUCUGCUGUUUCAAGUUUCUUUCAGAAAGAAUCUCAUUGAGUUUGUCUAGAGCGUAGGUUUUCCCAUGUCAUGGUGCCGCUUUUGCAUUUCACAUACUAUGGUAACCCUUUGCAUUUCACAGUACAAUUUGGUUUUUGCCAGCAAUUAGCUCUUAUUUUCCUUCUGGUUGACUGGAUAACUUUUGUUUUUGAAACACACUUUAUAGUGAGCGGACCUUUGCCGAUCAAACUGUUUGAAUGUUCUUUUUCAGGUGAAUUACAUGAAUGUUCUAAGUUGUCUAUGUUUUCUUUGUUUCUUCUCAACUCGCUCUUGCCCGUGAAUUGCAGUUGUUGCCUACAGAUGUACAAUUCCAGAGAUAGAAGCAUAGAGCAACACAAAUUUGUGCUUUCUUCGUCUGGAAUCAAGCUAAUUUGGUUAGACAGAUUAUAUCCAAAAUACAUAGACAGACACGCGUUAUGUUUUUUGGUCCGCUGGAGCCUGGAGCAGAGUUGACAGGCUGCACCAACUGUGGUACAGGAGAACAGAAAGGGAAGUCCGACUUUAAUAAAGCUUUACUUAGCAGCAGGAAUACGCUAGCGCCUCUCAAUGUAGCCUGAUGGGAGCCACCCUGAUUUCCCUUUGCACAAGCUACAGUCGUGCUAUUAGCUUGACAACUUCAAAGUGUAGUUAUGUUUAGCUCCAGUUGACCUUUUCUAUUGUUAUUGCACAGGG